GCCGCCGCCGCUCGCGCCGCGUUCUUUGCUCAACGAUAAUAAAUAAAAAGGGGGGGUGGGGGGGGGUCUCGCCCCGACUGGGCGCUCUCAAAGCGAAUCCGUUCACGACUCGGCGCCCUUCGCGAGCUCCGUUGGGGGCGAAGUGGACGCGCUCCGUUUGCCCCGAGAAGCUUUCCUGACGAAGAAGACGAAGACGCCGCCGACGCCCUGCGUCUCUCUCUCUCGUCUCUCUCUCGCCUCUCGCGCGUUUCCGUCAACGCAACUCGCCCCCAGGGUAGAUUCGGCAAACGCCGCGCGACAACGGAAGAGAAAAAAAACGCCGAUUUCUAAUUGCGCUCUGCGUUUUGUCGUUCUAUAGAGUUCUGUACGCUCGUAGUGAACGCGGCGAAAUUAGAAAUUAGAUGUGUGUGCGUGCGUGUGUGCGCUCCGUUACGUUGGCGAGCAACGCGGCCUGGGAAAACGGAGCCCCCCCCCCUCUCCCAGCAAUGACUCUGAAUGCUGAGGGCUCAAAGAGCCAGCCUCAGGCUCAAUUGGUGUCCAGUGGCAAUGUUUGGGGCUCAAAGAGUCAGCCUCAGGCUCAAUUAGAGUCCAGUGGCAAUGUUUGGGGCUCAAAGAGCCAGCCUCAGGCUCAAUUGGUGUCCAAUGUGUCAAUGUUUGGGGCUCAAAGAGCCAGCCUCAGGCUUAAUUGGUGUCCAGUGGCAAUGUUUGGGGCUCAAAGAGUCAGCCUCAGGCUCAAUUAGAGUCCAGUGGCAAUGUUUGGGGCUCAAAGAGCCAGCCUCAGGCUCAAUUAGGGUCCAGUGUCAAUGUUUGGGGCUCAAAGAGCCAGCCUCAGGCUCAAUUGGUGUCCAGUGGCAAUGUUUGGGGCUCAAAGAGUCAGCCUCAGGCUCAAUUAGAGUCCAGUGGCAAUGUUUGGGGCUCAAAGAGCCAGCCUCAGGCUCAAUUAGGGUCCAGUGGCAAUGUUUCGGGCUCAGAGAGCCAGCCUCAGGCUCAAUUAGUUUCCAGUGGCAAUGUUUGGGGCUCAAAGAGUCAGCCUCAGGCUUAAUUAGGGUCCAGUGGCAAUGUUUGGGGCUCAAGGAGCCAGCCUUAGGCACAAUUAGUGUCCAGUGGCAAUGUUUGGGGCUCAAAGAGUCAGCCUCAGGCUUAAUUAGGGUCCAGUGGCAAUGUUUGGGGCUCAAGGAGCCAGCCUUAGGCUCAAUUAGUGUCCAGUGGCAAUGUUUGGGGCUCAAGGAGCCAGCCUCAGGCUCAAUUAGGUUCCAGUGGCAAUGUUUGGGGCUCAAGGAGCCAGCCUUAGGCUCGAUUAGUGUCCAGUGGCAAUGUUUGGGGCUCAGAGAGCCAGCCUUAGGCUCAUUUAGUGUCCAGUGGCAAUGUUUGGGGCUCAGAGAGCCAGCCUCAGGCUCAAUUAGGGUCCAGUGGCAAUGUUUGGGGCUCAAGGAGCCAGCCUCAGGCUCAAUUAGUGUCCAGUGGCAAUGUUUGGGACUAAAAGAGCCAGCCUCAGGCUCAAUUAGUAUCCAGUGGCAAUGUUUGGGGCUCAAGGAGCCAGCCUCAGGCUCAAUUAGUGUCCAGUGGCAAUGUUUGGGACUAAAAGAGCCAGCCUCAGGCUCAAUUAGUAUCCAGUGGCAAUGUUUGGGGCUCAAGGAGCCAGCCUCAGGCUAAAUUAGUGUCCAGUGGCAAUGUUUGGGGCUCAAAGAGCCAGCCUAAGGCUCAGUUAGGGUCCAGUGGCGAUGUUUGGGACUAAAAGAGUCAGCCUCAGGCUCAAUUAGGGUCCAGUGGCAAAGUUUGGGACUAAAAGAGCCAGUCAAAGGCUCCAUUAGGUUUUCAGUGGCAAUGUUUGGGGCUCAAAGAGCUAGCCAGGCUAAUACUCCAUUCGGGUUCAAUGUACUGGGUGGUCCAGAUGUCUUGUGACCACCCGCAUUUAAUGAUCUAAAACGCAAUAUGUUUUACGUAAGGAUUACUUAAAACAGAAAUGAAUAUACAUAGGAAAAAAUGUUAGGGGUCGAUUAAUCGGGGGUCACAAUACAUCCGGACCACUCUGUAGACGCCUGUAGCUCAGAGCCAGCCAAACUAAGGCUCUUUUAAAGUUCAGUGUCAAUGCCUACGGCGCUAUUGUUAAUGCACGAGGCUCAAGAGGCAGACUAAGUCUUCAUUAGGGUUCUGUGUUAAUGGCUUAGACAGUUCCUCCGUACAGAGCCAGACUAAGUGGCCUCCUAGUGUUUAUAUAUUCUCUAGGCUACGUGUUCCUCUGUGUCAGUGCAAUUCCAGCGUGCGUCUCUCCAUGCCGCUUGCUUGAACUUUCAGGUUUUGUUACAUUUACACUGCGUACACAAAUGAUGAAACAUGAACGGGACGGAACACGCAGAUCACGCACAUUUAAACUGGCCCGCCCCUACUGGACUACUGUGGAAAAGAGCUUAAUAGCUCAUCGUAUUUACUCCAGGAAAAUGUAAGAUUCCGGUAAAACAUAACUUCAGUGUAAUUGUAUUGUUGGUAAACAUCUUUAAAUGCCUGGAAGUGUGUUAUAUGAACGUAAGAAUGGAAUUCUGUACAUGUUGAAUAACAUUCCCGCAUAUUUAUUUGCCAGCAUAAAUAAGUUGAUUUAGGAGUAAGUUUUGAUUAUCGCGGGGUUUGCUACUCACCAGUUAAUGUUCGGUAACUCUUCAUUUGGCAUAAAAAAAAUACUUAAUAAAAAACACGUUUCAAAUGUAAUUCUCAUCAGGCCUCAUAAGUGUUCAAAGGGGCAGUCUCCAAAUCGUAUCCGGUCUAUCUCUCCGGCCUCUCUGCGUGUCAAUAAAGAAGGCCCAUUCCCCGAAACGUCGCUUAAUUAAAACAUUGAUGAAUGUGGAACGUUCGUUAGGGAUAUUGCGGGCGACGUUGGUAUCUAAGUUUCCGUAGUGUAGUGGUUAUCACGUUCGCCUAACACGCGAAAGGUCCCCGGUUCGAAACCGGGCGGAAACAAAGCUUUUAUUUUUUUUCCCCCUCACCAUAUUUAUGUUAACGUUCAUGUAGCUACAUUUUAAUUGUUGAUGAUCGAAAAAAUUUUCUUUUGCUUUUAAAACGUCGCACAAGCACCUGAAAGUUAUUAUAAUCGAGCGCUUCCUGCUUAUCGACGCUAGGAUUUGUAAAUUCCCGCAGCCAGCGAUGCACUUUGAGAGCCAAGGAGACGCUUUCUCUAACUAGAAAAUACAAAAAGGCGAUUCUUAUUAUUACUACGCUCGGGGCAAAGGAAAACUGCGAAAUGUACACUCAUGUGAAUUUAGUAAAACGAAUUACUUUUUGAGACGCUUAAUACGAGCUACGAAUUCGGAACAACGAACGGCAUUAGGGGGCGAUAUGACCAUUUAAGUUCCGAACGCAAGUGCAUUGUUAACAAUAUCAUAAGCGGUAAUCAUGUGCGCAUUUAACAUAAGUCUGGCCUUUUACAGGCUUAAAUGUUUGAUUCACGUUUACUACAUCGGAAUAAGAGUGAUGCUGCUGCAGCUAGUCACGCCGGACUUUGAGCCCCGAGCUUUGCCCCGGCAGACCGGGCGUGUUGCCGUGGUGACGGGAGGUGGACGAGGAAUCGGUUUGGAGACGGGGAGGCGACUGGCUGAGUUGGGAGCCCACGUCAUCCUUGCAUCCAACAAUGAGAAGGAAGGAAGCGAGGCCGCUCAAGCACUGCGUUCAGACACGGGGAAUGACAAGGUGGAUUUCAUGCACCUGGACCUGAGAUCCCUCUCGUCCGUGCGAGACUUCGUGAACCGCUUCCGAUUGCGAAAGCUGCCCCUGCACAUUCUCGUGAACAACGCCGGUGUGAUGCUGGUGCCACUGCGGCUGAGCGCCGACGCGCUAGAGGAGCACCUCGCUGUCAACUGUGUGGGGCCAUUCUUGCUGACGGCGCUUCUAACUGGCGCCUCCGAGGGCCCGACCCCCUUGCGCGUUGUCUGCGUCUCGUCGGCCACGCAUCGCGCUGGGUGCCUCCUCUUCCAUGACAUUAACUGCAGCGAACGCUAUUCCUCAUACGCCGCCUAUGCCCGCUCCAAGUUGGCGCUCACGCUAUGGUCGCGCCAGCUGCAUGAGCAGGGGGGCGACCGUGUCACCAGUGUCGCCGUGGACCCUGGGGUCGUGGACUCCGAACUCUACCGCCACGCGGGUGCCUUUUUCAGGAUGGGCCAGUGGCUCACGGGCCGAUUCCUCUUCCGGUCCACCCGCCAGGCCGCAGCCGGUGUCACGUAUGCUGCCACUGCGCCCGAACUGAAAGGCCGCCCUUGGGCCUACCUGGAAAAUGGCCACCAGAUUGAGCCUGCACAGGCCGUGGAAGAUGCGGCGCUGCGCACACGCCUUUGGGAAACUUGCUGCCUCCUCUCCGGCCACCAUUGGUGACACUUGGACCACAAGCGGAGAUACAGCGACCUUGCGAUGACGCGAAAAUUACUUUAUAAAAAAUAAUUGAUCUGUGAUGAUUUAUUACCCAAAGCUCUAUAAGCAAAUUAAGUAAAUGUAGUAUGAGCCGCUAAACCCCCACGCUAAGGAGUUCUGCCCCCACCCUGUCCUGAUGGCGAGCGGCAUUGUGCUCUGGAGAGGAAGGGCCCCUCCCCCACCCUCCUGCUUGGCUCGCCAUUUGUGAGGGUUUGGUUGAGGUCCGUCCGGAUCUCUUCUCAAAAACACUUGUAAAGCCGUCCACUCACACAAGCGCUUUGAGCACAGCUACUCCUCAGAUUGGUUUACCAAAAACUAAAAACCACCAACUCCUGGUGGGUGGCAGUGCUAAUGGCGGAGUGGGCGUGGCUAAUGUAGACAUGGGCGGGACUGUUAGUGGGUGGGAGGGAGGUGCCACCAGCUCAUUACCAUGUGUCCUGGUUAAACCUCACAGUAAUGUGGUAACCACCCCCCCUCAUGUUGAUGCCGUUGGGCCAGUCGUAGGGUUAAGAUCGCAUGGGGGAGAAUUAAACCGGUCAUUGACUGGUUCUGAAAGUCAGAAACCGGUCACCGAUUCCAGUGGAGUUUUACGCACGACUGCAACAAUUUAGUAAAUGUGCCCCAUUGUUUCAAAUAGCCGCACCGGGAGAUGGAACGUAAACGGCAGCCUCUGGGUUGCAGAUCCGCUGUGGCGUCGUCACAGCUGGGAGCCGUGUUGUUGAAUUCUCUGAUUAUUGCUGCACGAGCCUGUGUGCGUGUUUCGGACCGUCCGGAACAGCUCCAAGAUAGCAGCUGUCAAGACUGACCCUAUUCCUGACACAGCUCACUAGCGUUGUUCAACAUAAACAAGUAAUAUGCAUCAGUGCCCAGGCGUUGGAGGCUACACGCUGCCCUUGAGUUUACCUCAGGGGUCCGAGGCGACUAGCUGUUCUCUGCAUCAGACCCCGAACGGGAUUCACGUGGUUUAGUGACGUUCACGGUGAUGCGAGCAGGUGGAUGUUUUUUUAAUUGUUGUGUGUUGUGUUCAUGUUGUGGAAAAUAUUAAUGGGUUCGUUACAGGGAUUGGUGGUUUUUCGUUUCCGGUUAACCGAUCUGAGGGGUGGCCGUGCUCUUAGAGCUCCUGUGGCUGGACGGCUUUACGAGUGUUUUUGGGGGGAGGUCCGGACAGACCCCAACCAAACCCUCACAGUACUGUAAUACAAUGGUAUAUUUGACAUUCCAAGUGAAGUAUUAUCAUUACUUGAUUGUUGUGCUCUGGUCAUUGUUCAAAGUCAAAAGAGUAUAUGUUCAAACAAAGGCAAGGAGUAUGAAUUCGGAUUGGGAGUCGUUUGAGCUCCAUCAUUGUUCCUGCAGGAUCAGUGAAAUCAGUACCACUUUGAGGGAAGUAAAGAGUGAUUAUUCUGUGGAUAAUCUGACCCCCAUUGUGGGUUUCUGAGUUCUCAUCACUUUCUCAGAGCCAUUAAAGGAGAUCAGCACGACCCCAAUUCCUGUAUGAGCUUAGAGACACUUUGAUUUAACUUUAUUUAAAUGCCAAUUGUUAUUUCAUCACAGUUAUGGUUAUGUCAGAAGCUGAAGACAUCCUUCCAAAAUACUGCCUGCAAGCAAAGCAUCAAAUCAGCAGAGCAGCCUCAUUGGAUGAUCUCAGACUUGUGGAUUCACUUUUCAUUCAACACGAAACCAUGCACUUUCUUUGUAAAUUAUGGUUUGCUAUGUGUUGAUCAUACGAUGUAUUGAUAAAUAUGUUGGUUAUAGGGUUGUUUGACCAUAUCUUACCAUGCAGGUUAAAGAAGCGGGGAACCUAGGGCUCGUUGAAACAUCAUUCGCCAAUUAUGUUAGCUGUGUGUGCCGAGUAAAUGACAAAUAUCCAGUAAUGCGUUGAGAUGUUGAGAUCAUCUCACUGCGCUUAAGAUCCUGGGAUAAUCACUGGCGGCUGAAACCUGGAUUCUAAUCCUGGAUAUAACAGGUGCCAACCUGAUAUUUCAGAGUCAUUAUAAACCCUCGAAGAGACAACCAGAUCCAGCGUUUGAAAGCAGGGACUCAUUUGUACCGAUUCAGUGGCUCUGAUAUUGGUUUGAGUUAGGGGUGGCACGGGCCGGAUACGACCCGCAAAUUAACGUCACAUGGCCCGUGGCCAAACGAGGCCUACCCCUUAGAAACCACCUGGAAAUUAUAUUCCUCACUGCAAGCAUCUUAGGUGAACUAAUUGGAUACUGGAGAGGAAUAUUUUGGACCUUUUAAACUUUCCAAUUUUAUGCGCGUUCAGUCACCUGCUUCAACUAAGUUUUUCGCUCAGUCAAUACAGUCCUUUCAUAGUCAAAGUUAAAUGUCAACUAAUGUGUGGCUCUCCAUAGAUAUAUAUAGAGUCCUAUUCAGUCCUAUCAAGAAACAUUUCCCACCUCUAGCAUAAUAAGUACUCUUGUCAUUUUAACUGCCUUUAUGUACUCAGGUGAGGGCCCUUUGAGGUACAUCGUCUCUUCAGCAAGGGAUAUGUCGGGGACAAUUCACUGGUCUUUUACUUCACCGGGAUAUCGACCACUCGCAUCGAAUAUCUGUGGCGAAAGUGGUCUGAUUGAAAUAAAACCUCAUUCAGCAGCUACUUGAAUUUGAAACAAA